AUGGCGCAGCAAGAAAAUCAACGGGACAGAGAAAGAUUCUGCUGUUCGAUCUGUCUGGAUCCACUGAAGGAUCCGGUGACUACUGGCUGUGGACACAGCUACUGCCUGAGCUGUAUUAACACCCACUGGGACAAAGAGGAUGAGAGAGGAAGCUACAGCUGCCCUCAGUGUAGACAGACCUUCACACCGAGGCCUGUCCUGGUGAAAAACACCAUGUUAGCUGAUUUAGUGGAGGAGCUGAAGAAGACUGGACUCCAAGCUGCUCCUGCUGAUCACUGCUAUGCUGGACCUGAAGAUGUGGCCUGUGAUUUCUGCACUGGGAGAAAACUGAAAGCUCUCAAGUCCUGUUUGGUUUGUUUGGUCUCUUAUUGUGAAAAACACCUCCAGCCUCAUUUUCAGUUAGCUGCAUUUAAGAAGCACAAGCUGGUGGAGCCCUCGGAGAAGCUCCAGGAGAACCUCUGCUCUCGUCACGACGAGGUGAUGAAGAUGUUCUGCCGCACUGAUCAGCAGUGUAUCUGUUAUCUCUGCACUGUGGAGGAACAUAAAGACCACGACACAGUGUCAGCUGCAGCAGAAAGGACUGAGAGGCAGAGAGAGCUCGGGCUGAGGAGACAAACAAUCCAGCAGAGUCUCCAGGACACAGAGAAAGACGUGAAGCUGCUUCAACAGGAGGAGGAGGCCGUCAAUGGUUCUGCUGAUAAAGCAGUGAAGGACAGUGAGAUGAUCUUCACUGAGCUGAUCCGUCUGCUGGAGAAAAGAAGCUCUGAUGUGAAGCAGCAGAUCAGAUCCCAGCAGGAAACUGAAGUGAGUCGAGUCAGAGAGCUUCAGGAGAGACUGGAGCAGGAGAUCACUGAGCUGAAGAGGAAAGACCAUGAACUGAAGCAGCUCUCAGACACAGAGGAUCACAACCAGUUUCUACACAACUACUCUUCACUGUCACCACUCAGUGAAUCUACACACUCAUCCAGCAUCAGGAUUCGUCCUCUGAGGUACUUUGAGGACGUAACAGCAGCUGUGUCGCAGGUCAGAGGUCGACUACAGGACAUUCUGAGUGAGACAGAGACAGAUAUUUUACAGAUUGUGUCUCAAGUGGAUGUUUUACUGCGACAACUAGAGCCCAAGACCAGAGCUGACUUCUUAAAGUAUUCACAGGAAAUCACACUGGAUCCAACCACAGCACACAAACGUCUGUUAUUAUCUGAGGGAAACAGAAAAGUAACAGUAAUGAGUGAAGAACAGUCUUAUUCUAAUCACCCAGACAGAUUCAUUGAUUGGGAGCAGGUCCUGAGUAGAGAGAGUCUGACUGGACGUUGUUACUGGGAGGUGGAGGUGGAGGUGGAGGUGAGAGCAAUAGUUGGUGUAGCAGUCACAUACAAGAAUAUCAGCAGAGCAGGAGACUCAGAUGAAUGUGGAUUUGGAUUCAAUGAUAAAUCUUGGAUGUUAUAUUGUCAUGGAGACAGUUAUAGCUUUUAUUACAACGACAUCAGGACUCCAGUGUCAGGUCCUCGGUCCUCCAGAGUCGGAGUGUACCUGGAUCACAGUGCAGGUGUUCUGUCCUUCUACAGAGUCUCUGACACCAUGACUCUCAUCCACAGAGUCCAGACCACAUUCACUCAGCCUCUAUAUGCUGGAAUUAGGGUUGAUUAUAAUAUUGGAUCCACAGCUGAGUUCUGUAAACUCAAAUAG